AACAACAAGACGAUGAGCAAGAAGGCCCUCUUCAUAUUCCAACACAAGAGAAGCGAAAUGAGCUCCUAAAUGACCAUACACCAGAAGAGUUUCUGGAGGUUUGUGAGAAGAAUGGCCAAUUUCGCGAAACUGCUGAAUAUCUGCGCUCGCGAGGGAAGUUUAAAGAGGCUGCGGAUAUGUUCAUUCGUUCGGGCUUUAAGGAUGAAGAUGUAAUCGAAGCAUUACAAUGCAUUUUACAUUUAAGCAUGGUAAAUGUUCUGAAAAGCACAAUGACAGAUACCAUUAGUCCAAGUCUGAGAGUAGAAGGUCCUUAUGGAAGAAUUUCGGUUAUACAACGCUUAUUUAGAAGAAAGAUCUUAGUAAAGUUCACAAAUGCAUGCAAUUUUUCAGACACGAGAGGA